AUUUAAUGUAUGUGUAUUGUGUAUGUUGAACUCAACGAUAUUAUUUUGAGUAAAAUGUCGGCAAUCGAGUGUCGACGGCAGUUUUGUUUACAAUUUUGUUGUUAGUUAAAAUCAGAUUUUUUGUUGAAAAUGGUUUAUACUUGUUGUGUAAUGAGAUGUUCAUCAAAUGGAAAUAUGGUUGGACGUAAAUUUUUUCGGUUUCCAAUGAUUGACCACCACUCCGCUAAUAGCCUUGCAAAGUCGGAAAAAAGACAAAAGGCAUGGUUGAAUGCUUUGAAAAAGCCGAAUUUUCCGGAACGUCACUACAAGAAUGCAAAGGUUUGCGACCGACACUUUGUUUCUGGACGGUCGGCGAAUUUGCAUGACGUAUCAAACAUUGAUUGGAUACCGACUCUGAAUUUGGGAUACUCCAUCGAGAAGACAAAUGAUAGAGCUGUGACUGUUCAAAUUGGGUCUGGCGAGACGUUCACGAUUGUAGAAGUUGAUGAUCCAGGCGAUAAAGUAAAAAUUGAAGAGCAAACUGUGACCGACGAUGUAGUAACAAAUUGUGCCAACUAUCGGGACAGCGGAAGCGGAACACAAACAUAUAGCGAAUCGAAGGACUGCGGUACAAAUGCGCAUGAGGCAUACCACUCCUCUUCUUCAUCAACCGACAGCAACGGUUCGUUGCGAACAACUCGUGGUACUCAAACAAAACUUUUUGAGAGUGAAACUAUUGGAACACAAACUGGAUCAAAAUCAUUUUGCACAAGUGCUACCCAAACGGAUGAUGCUGAUACGAAGGAUCAGAUAUGAGAAUAUAGAAUGUGU